UGAUGACUUUGUUGGAGAAUCACGAGCGAAAGACUGUGGAACUAGUCCUUUCUUGCCCAUCAGUUUCCGAACAGGAACGUUGGUUGCAGGCAGUUCGGCCGCCCGAACCAGAGACGCCCGGUGAAAAGCUUUACGCCCCCUGGGAUUGUCCGCAAGUAAUAACAAAGCACGCAUAUGUAACGAGAGAACCAGACGCGCUAAGUCUGGAAGUGGGAGAUGUAGUAAAUGUGACACGAAAAUUGCCAGAUGGUUGGUACCAGGGUGAACGCAUACGUGAUGGCGUUGUAGGUUGGUUCCCGGGCAGUUAUACGGAAGAGGUAAAUUCAGCGCAUGUGCGCGCUCGCAAUCUCAAACAGCGUCAACGUCUGCUGACUUUCACAGCCACAUAUCUCGAGUCGCAGAAGCGGAAGUAGGCAAUUUUUUUUGGGGCACAGCAUGUCUCAGGCGUUUGCCACAGUUAUAAAUGUAAAAGAUAAAGUUUAAUACAUGUGUUUGUGCCUUCUCAAUGUUAAGAAGUUUUUGUUUUACUAUUUAAGUGUUAAAAUUAUGAAAACUAAAUAUGUAUUUGUCUUUAAUCAAUAAUUUACUUAUAAAAAUAGUUACCCAUAUUUCGUCGCAUAAAAUUAUACGCAUACAUAUGUAUGUUUGUAUGUAUAUUAAAUAUUUAUUAAACAUGUGAUAAAAAUAAAAAUAUGACUUUACCUAUGAAUGUACUUGUAAAGGGAAUUCAUUAUUAAG